CACAGAAUAUUCAGUCCAACCCUCGCGAGGCUUGAUCCAGUUAAACAGUGGUACAAGUAGCGGAGAAAAGCAGCUAGAGAAACAUAACAGAUAAAUGAUAAAGUAGCCCACUGUUGUUUACCUAAUCCGAAACCGCUACGAGAAAGCGUUAGAGCUAAGCGGAGACACCAUAUAAGCAGCUAUCACCAUGGGAUGCCUCCUCGUAAGGCUGAUGCUGGGUCUGCUGCUCCUCCAGCUGCUUCGCCUUACAGAGGGAAGAGAUGAGCUUUUCGCCUCCACCAAGUAUGGCAAAGUCCGAGGGGUGCAACUCCAAGUUCCACAGGGAAAUGUACUGGGCUCAGUUGUUGCCUUCCUUGGGAUACCUUAUGCCAGACCUCCGCUCAGUGAACUCCGUUUCAGACCACCACAGGAUCCCAAGCCAUGGACAGGGGUACGUGAUGCCACACAAUUUGCCAACUCCUGUUACCAACCCGUUGAUGACAUGUUCCCAGGGUUUUCCGGCUCAGAGAUGUGGAACCCUAACACGCCACUGAGUGAGGACUGCUUGUACUUAAAUAUGUGGGUUCCCUCACCCAAGCCUCCUAAACCAGCUCCAGUGAUGGUGUGGAUACACGGGGGUGGGUUUCUGUCAGGCACACCCACGCUGGACCUGUAUGACGGACGCUUCCUCAGCCACUCAGAAGGUGUGGUGGUCGUGUCCAUGAGCUACAGACUUGGGGCCCUUGGCUUCCUGGCACUGCCAGACAGUGACAUCCGGGGAAAUGCUGGGCUGUUGGACCAGAGGCAGGCUCUGCUCUGGGUAAAGGAGAACAUCGCAGCAUUUGGAGGUGAUGCCGCCUCCGUGACCCUGUUUGGAGAAAGCGCUGGGUCCGCAUCUGUGGGCUACCACCUUCUGUCAACGGGUAGCCAUGCCCUCUUUUCCCGUGCCAUCCUCCAGAGCGGCUCACCCAACGCUGGAUGGGCAGCCCUGCCACCCCCACAGGUCCAUAACAACUCCUUGAACCUGGCCAAUCUGCUGAACUGUCCCAGAGACCUUCCAAUAAGCGUUACAGAGGCUUGUCUCCAGAAUGCAGAUCCCAAGGCGAUCAUACACCACCAGUUCAGUGUUUCUCGCGAUGCUACAAUUUCGUUGCCUUUCGUCCCCACAGUGGACGGGAACUUCCUGACUGACAUGCCCGGGGUUCUGCUGGAGUCUGGACAGUUUCUGAAGACGGACAUUCUGCUUGGGGUAAACAAGGACGAGGGCUCCUAUUUCCUUCUCUACGGAAGUCCAGGAUUCAGCCUUCAAGGGCAGAGCCUCAUCAGCAGAGAGCAGUUCCAGCAGGGCGUGGCCAGGACCUUGCCCGAGUUCAGCGAGGUGGCCCAGCAGGCGGCCGCCUUCAUGUACACCGACUGGACGGACGAGAACGACGGACAGAAGAACAGAGAUGGCCUGACCAGUCUGGUUGGGGAUUACUACAUCACAUGCCCCUUACUGAAAUUCACACGCAAGUACGUGCUUCAUGGAGGCAACGCCCGACUGUUCUUCUUUGACCAUCGCUCCUCAGUGAACCCAUGGCCUGAGUGGAUGGGAGUCAUGCAUGGGUAUGAGAUUGAGUUUGUCUUUGGACGGCCACUUAAUGCCAGCCUGGGUUACACCAAAGAAGAGGUGGACAUGAGCAGGAAGUUCAUGAGACACUGGGCCAACUUUGCCAGGACUGGGGACCCGGGGACGGCGGACUCUGUGUGGCCACUCUUCAGCACAGAGCAGCAGGAGUAUCUGACCCUCAAUGCAGAUGCCCCGCAGACACUCAGGAAGAUGAAGGCCCAGCAGUGCCAGUUCUGGGACAGUUUUCUACCUAAACUGCAGGGGUCUACAGCGGGUAUUGAUGAAGUGGAAUACCAGUGGAAGACCCAGUUCCAUCGCUGGCUCUCUUACAUGCUGGACUGGAGGAAAAUCAUCAAAGAUCAACAGUGUGAUUUCAAAAAUCAGCAGUUUGAAAAGUCCUAGGUACCAGCCAGUGCACUUAAUACACCUGUGACAGUAGAAAGACUAGUUUGUGUACACAACAUGAUAAAUAGGAGUGUUUUGAUAUGUUAUCCUGAACAUAGUCGCCAUAUUCACCGCUAUUCUGUGUGUAAAACGUGCCUUUCCAGAUCAGUAGCUGCUGUGAGGUUCUGUUUGAUAGGAACCCUUCUCGUCUUGUGACUCAGACGGGAAAGAAGGAAGGAACGUAUGGUGUCAACAGGUGGUUAAUUUGGCCGGGAAUAAAUGUCAUCCCAAUGACAUUUGACCAAUCCUUCAUAUUAUCUGAGAGUGGAAUUAAUUACUGAUGGUUUAGAAGGGGAUGUUGGUAUGCAUUGUCUGUGUGUGCCAUUUGCCAUCUCUGAUGAGCACAAGCCAGCUAGCGGCAUCUUCCUGGCAUCUAUGGGUGCUUCAGAAUUUAUUAAUGACACUCACGAUAGCCAUAAAGCGCCAAUGCUCGGAUGCCAAAAUGUCAUCAUGUUUGGCUUCAGCAGAAUGUGCCUACCUUGAGCAGAGGUCCUUGACGUAUCUUCCGAAUAUAUAAAAUGUGCCUAAUUGCUAUACAUGCAGUAUGUAUCGAUUCAUCUUGUAUAGUCAAAAUAAAUAAUCAGCCUCAUGUCUAUAUUUUAUGUAUUUAGACUUGAAAUGUUGCAGUUGUAUUAUUCAAUAUCUGGAGCACAAGAUGAAGACAUUCUCUUGAGGUUUAUCGUUAUUUCUAGCCCAUAGAAGCCUGCCAUGUAUAAAUGAAUAAUCAGUGCAAGCCCAUAGCUAAGCCACAUAAGACACAUUAGGGUCAUGCCAAGUGUGGCAAGACAUACAGUAUGUUUUGCACAAUCAUGUCCUCUAUACUAGAUAUUUGAUUGGAGAGAAGUGUUACCAAAGUUCCCUACAUCUGGUCAUUCCUAAAACACCUUAUGGAACUCUUCUGUGGCACAUUCCACCUGGACAGGUGAUAUGGCGAACACCAUAUCCCCCAAGCCUGCUCCUUGGGACAGAAGUGCUUGGUUUUUUUUUUAUUACUCAUCAAAUGCAACUGUGUGUAUGUACUGUAUCAACAUCGGUUCUGUUAGAAUGAUAUGUUUUGCAAUACCGAUGUACACUUUUUUUAAGUCACAGAAAGGAGUGUGUUUAUCUAUUUUUGCCUUUUUUGGUUUGGUUCAGUUUUUAGUUUGGAUGAUUUUUUAGUUUGAAUGAUUUACUAUAAUGACUGCCGACGUGUCUUUCCAUUUUGCAAUAAGGAGAUAUAAUCAUCCAUAACUUUAUCAGUGACCUUUUAACUUUCACAAAAAAGGGCACAUCAGAUAAAAUUAUUGCAGUGCCUUAUCACUUUUACCCCCAAACUGAAAAAAAACAUUUUUGCACUCUUAUGCAUCUACAAUUUCUGAAAGAUAUUGCUUUAAUCCAAUGAACUGUUUAACUCUUAAAUACAACAGAAAGCUCGGUGUCUGACACUGCAAAGGUCAAGUCAUCAGAUAUUACUUAUCUUGUGCAAGUGAAAAAAAGUAAACUUAACUGAAUGCCAAAAUGGAUCGAAACGGUCUUUUAUGCAACUUGUGUCCUUGUUAUAAGCCCUAUCUUUUGCCUUGUGAUAUCCCCCCAGCAUCUAAUAAAGGAAAUAUGCAGAGGAA